AUGUCGGAUUUAGAACCCCACGUUAUCGACCGCCCCUCUUCGGCAGAGAUCCAUGCCACCGUCAAGAAUCUGAUACAGAAUCUGGUCAAUAUUAAAGAUGAGACGGGGAAAUUUCUUCUACAUUUGUCUGAUGGUCGUGUAAUUGACACAAAAUCAUGGAAUGGCUGGGAGUGGACGCACGGGAUCGGCCUCUACGGAAUCUGGAAAUACUACGAACUGACCGGAGAGCCAUCUCUUCUCGCUAUAAUUGAAAACUGGUUUGCCGACCGCUUUGCUGAAGGAGGUACCACCAAAAAUAUCAAUACGAUGGCCGUGUUUCUUACGCUCGCCUACGUUUACGAGAAAACCAGAAACCCGAUCUAUCUUCCAUGGUUGGAUACAUGGGCUGAAUGGGCGCUUCACGAGCUUCCUCGAACGAGAUACGGCGGAAUGCAACACAAAACUUACGCGAUGGAGCAUCGACAGCAACUUUGGGAUGACACUUUGAUGAUGACAGUUCUACCGCUAGUCAAAAUCGGCAAACUACUUGGGCGCCAAAAUUAUAUCAUUGAGGCUAAAAAGCAGUUACUUAUUCAUAUCAAAUACCUCUGCGAUCCAAAAAGUGGUUUAUUCUUUCACGGCUGGACAUUUGAAGAGGGAGGACACAACUUUGCUAGAGCCUUAUGGGCUCGUGGUAAUAGUUGGAUUACCAUUGUAAUUCCAGAAAUCAUUGAGCUGAUGGAUCUCUUGCCCUCGGAUCCGCUCCAUUCAUUUCUUCAAGACACACUUGAUGCUCAAUGCGAAGCAUUGCAACAGUUGCAAGAGUCGACUGGCUAUUGGCGCACCCUUUUGAAUCACAAUGACCCUGGAUCCUACAUUGAGGCAUCUGCUACUGCUGGGUUUGCUUUUGGAAUUUUGAAGGGAGUACGAAAGCGCUAUAUCGAUCAAAGAUACCGAAUUGUGGGAGAGAAAGCCAUAGCUGCUGUGCUAGACUCAAUUGAUCAGAACGGAGAAUUACAGAAUACUAGCUUCGGGACUGGGAUGGGCGAUACACUGGACCAUUACAGGAAUAUUGCAGUAACAGCGAUGCCGUAUGGACAGGCUAUGGCAAUGAUGGCUCUUGGAGAAUACCUGCGAUUGUACAUUUGA